UCCCCUCGGCGAGUCUCCAGGGUGGUCUUACUGCAGGACUAAAGCUAUCCAGUUCUUGUUGUGGUAUCCAAGUGGCUGUGAUUUUGACUGCUAAUCAUGUCUGUUCAGUUUCGUUUAGCUUUGCUGGCUCUCUGCUCUCUGGCUGCUGCAUCCGAUCCAAGCUGCGAAGACCUGCUUAAACCUCUGGAGGAUCGAAGCCGGGUUUCUGGAAAAUGGAUAUUUUAUGCUGGAGCAUCAGACAAUGAAGAGCUCAUGAAGACACUUAGGAUUAUCAAGAACUCCUGGAUUGAUCUCUCACUCAUCCCUGAUAGUGAUAAUUUGACUGUUCGCUGGGGAGACAAAAUUGAUGGAAAGUGUCAUUAUGGAGGCGUUAAUUCCUCCUUCUCUGGGAACUACACCAGGGUGACAUUUACCUUUAACGCCACCGAUCAUGAGCAUGUUGGGAAGCACCUGGUGACCUGCCCUGACUGCAUCCUCUGGACGGACACCACAGCCACGUUGGGCAACGCGGAAAACACAAGUGGCAGAAACUUCUACCUCUUCACUAAGGCCGGGAAAUUGGACGACACUGAUCUGGAAUUUGUCAAGAAACAGGCGGCGUGCCUCAACUUCCCUCCAGAAUUCCACUUUGGAGAUAACACAGACCUGUGCCCUGAUGAUACGGUGGCUGCUACAGAUGUCAAGGGGGAAGAACAAUAGAGACCUGAAGUUACUCCAUGAGUCAAAUUUGUUUUCAAUAUGCUCUCUCAGACAUGUGUAAACUGAGAGCGCCACUUGUGUGUAUCACAGAUGUCUUGAUAGAUGUGAAGAGCACACCCUUUUUCUCCUGCAAGGGCCUUGUGAUAUCAAAGAGCUACUUACUGCAGCCAGUCAAAGUUAUUCAUGCGAGACUCUGUCGCUGUAUUAAAGAGAGCUGAACAAACUGAUUCCACGUUUAAUGUCAGAUUCAUAAAUCAUGAUGGAUACCACUUGAAUUAGUUUUUCUAUUAUGCAUAUACAACACAAUAAAAGGAAACACUGUG